AUGCUACAGAAACGGUUGGAGGAGUCUCCUGAUCUGGAUGUCCAUGAAGAUACGAUAUUGAGAUUAGCAAACAAUGUGGAAAAGGAAAUAUUCAACCUCUUUCUUUGUGUUGACCAACGAUACAAAAACAAGUACCGCAGUCUCCUCUUUAAUCUGAAAGCUCCAAAAAAUAAGCUCCUCUUCCACCAGGUGGUUCUUGGAGAGGUUUCCCCCCAGUGUCUUGUUCAAAUGAAUUCACUGGAGCUGGCACCAAAGGAGUUGGCAGAGUGGAGAGCUAAGGAGAGCAAACAUGUGCUGGAGGUGAUAGAGAAACAGCAGCGAGAACCACCAAGGUCUUGUCCCACAAAACUGACCCACAAAGGAGAAAUAGAGAUACACAGGGAGGUGGAUGAGGACUUUACUUUGGAAGACCUAUAUGGAUCAGCACUAUGUAUGGACAAGAAACCUAUUUCCCAGCCCGCUGCAGAGUCCAAAAGAGACACCACCGACCAGCACAGGAGUCACUUACUGGACCUAGACUGCCUUAUCUGUACAGGAAGGAUGGCUCCUGAUGGUGAGAGAAGUUUUAACCCACCGCAGAGCAAACCAACCUCAAAGAAGAAGGCAGAAGACAGCUCUAGAAGAUUACAUUCAACCAGUGUCUAUUCAGACAAAGAGAGAAAACAUUUGGAGAAAGACAGGCCUGCCUCAACUGGCGUCCUCAAGAAGAGUCCAAGGCUACAGAAGCAAGUCAAAGACACAGUGCUGUGGGAAGGAUUCAUUCAGAUGUUCAGCAUUAAACAGUUUGCGGCAAAAGCGUUUCCUGUUUCAGGCUACGGCACUUGCCUCAUUCAAGCGUUACCGGAGCUGAUUCAGUCGAGGGGCUGUAUUCUCCCAGAGGACGUCUGGGAUUAUUUAGAGAGCAUAUGGCCAGCUGAAGCCAAGGAGAUCAGCAUGAUACGAUUCUGCCCUGCCAUGACCAAAGACUUCAGCACUUACAACAUGCUGUACUCGUAUUUGAACAACAAACAGAGAUACGGCAUUGUGGACAGCAACCAGAUGGAAAUGUUCAUGCUUCAUGUCACGUGA